AGACGAAGAGCACCCGAGCACCACUCCAGUCGCCCGCUUCCUCAAGCCCCUCGAGAGCCGCUUUGCCUGCUCCAUGGGCCGCAACCUCUUCGACUUUAACAUCGCCAACAGCAGCUCCAAGUUCCUCAGUGGGAACGCCGCCGCCUUAAGCGACGACCAGGACACCGGGCUCUCAUCCACACGCAGCACCGCAAGCUCCUCUGCCGAAUCGCUCGCGACCCUUUCUCACGGUCUCCCGUCCCAGACGUCCACAGCCGCAGACAUGGAGGCACUCAAUCAAAGCCACAACCACCGCAGUCGCACCGCAGACCACAGCAGCCGUGGAGACCGCAAACCCAUGACCUUCACCAGCUCCAUCAUGGGCACCAACACCACGACAAUUGUGGCCGGCGGACAAAUGCAUCAGGCUAUGGGCCACGUGCAUAAUGCCAACGCUGCGGCUGAGUCCAAGGCCAGCAAGAAGUGCUCGGUAUGUGGUAAGAGCUUUAACCCGCUGCGUCGACGACACUACUGCCGCACAUGCACAGCCGUAGUCUGCAGCUCGUGCAGCAUCUCCAGGAAGGUUGAGAGUACAUUUGAAGGCGCUAUUACAGUGCGCAUGUGUGUGAGUUGCAAGCUCAGCUCCAUUGCGUCUCAAGACGACUUCUACGACCGCAUUUUUUCCACCAAUGGAGGAGCGAACGGAGCUGCCACGUCGGACUCGCAGCCUAGUGGAAGUGACGGAGACUUCACAACGGACCGACUGAGCUUUGCCAGCUACUCGUCUGGAACGGGAAAUGGCUCCAAGGACGACUCGAUGGCGGAUUCUCACGCCCCUAUGGAAAAGCGGUCAGCCAGCGGCUCGAGUCUUCCCGUUCGACGCAAAUCCAGCACGACGAGUGGCAACGGCAAUGCUGAGCCCAGUGGCCAACGAGGACGUCAUGAUUCCUUCACUGGACCACCUGCUGUCACGGAGGACUGUCCGUGGUGCAUGAACGAGGCCUGUGCCCCGCUGCACGAGUACUUUGAAGUGCCCUACCCGUUCUUUUUGGAACUGGCUGACCCGGCUGCUAAGAACCAGUACAUUGCAGCCAAACACCUUGAUAACGAGAAGGAGCGUCUUCGCUCGGUACGAACUAUCCGCGGUGCACUCAAGGCCGGCACGUCCGCUUCGCAGACAAUUCAGCAGCUUUGCAACAUGGCUGCCAUUGCGACUUCGAGCCCUAUGGCUCUUGUGGGUCUGCUGGACAAACACGUGUAUGUCCCGUGUGCUGAGACGGGUCUGGGGUCUCUUGAUAAGAUCGACAGACAGAAGAGCUUGGCGGCACACGCCUGUCGGAACGGUUCGCCGCUGGUCUGCAGCGACUUGACGCGCGACGUCCGCUUUGCUGCUAACCCGUGGCGGAGAGAUGUGCUGCAGGCGCAGUUUUACGCUGGUAUCCCACUUACGCUGUCGAGCGGCCACACUAUUGGAGCUAUUGAAGUGUUUGACGUCACCCCACGAUUCGCCUGCAUGGACGUCAUUUCGCAGCUGCAGACUGUUGUACGUGGUCUUCUACGUAAGUUUGAGGAGAUCUUGGCUAAGAACGAGGCUUGCGGAGAAGAAGAAUCAUCGCACAAGUCUUCGUCUUCGUCAGGUCGACGGACACCGAAGAGCGAGAACGGAGAAGGCAAGCAGCGCACCCCACGUGCCCCAGCUCCCAGUGCGCCCAGUGCGCCGGCCAUUCCGCCGCCGAAGAAGUCGCCGAAGCCACGAGCACCUACCACUCCUAGCCACAAGCCGUCAGGUCCGGCUCCUCAACCGCCUAAGCCUAAGGGGGAACCGAAAGCUCCAGCACCGGCACCUCCGGCUCCGGUAGAAGCUCCAGCACCUGCUCCCGCCCCGGCAGCGUCUGCAGCAGGCGCAGAACCCACGCAGGAAGAAAUGGAGAUGCGACUCAUGCAGUUGCUGUCUCAAACCACUAGCACACAGGAACAACUGCGCAACCAGCAGGGACAGAUGGUGAACGCUAUCAGCAGCCACUCGAAGCAGAUCAGCGACUUGGCCAAGCAGCUUGAGCGCAUGGAAUCGACACUCGCUGCGAAGCUCGGUAUGGAUGACGAGGACUCUCCUGCUAAGGAAGAUGCUGACGCAGCAAGUGCGUAAACUUACAGUUGCCCAGGUAGUGAAUUAGUAGCAGCGGCGUCGUAGCAGGACGAUGUUGUGCAAAUGAGGAAGAGCCUGUGCAUGCUCGCAUUGGUUCGCGCCGUCUGUUAAUGCGUUUAACCCCCUGUACGCGAAUGAACCAAAGCUUGAAGGACACAGAGAGAAAAUCUUUUAGUGUUGCUAAACCCCCAACAAAAGUUGCGUGGAUUGGCAAUGUGCAACAUGCAACAUGCAGCAACAAUUACAACAAACGUUUUCUCU